CGAAGCCAGCGAACGGGCAUAAGCGAGAAUAAGCGUGUAAACGACAACGCGUAUAGGACAAUAAGCAUCUUCGUAGUGCGCAAACGUGAGCUUUCCACCACUACGCGAGUCAGUCGACGGUCUGCCGGCGAGCAGUGCGGACGCGUCGUCGAACGUUUCGAUUGCCGUUGCCCGCGAAUAUUUACUGGCACGACCGCGAUUUUGCCCCACCGUUCGUUCCAUUGUCGGUGCCACGGUAGAAACGCGCGGUCCCUGCGGACACGGAGGACGUACUCUCGUCGAGGACCACACCUCCCCUCUGGCUGGCCCGUCGCGACCCUCCCUACCCAAGACGGUUACCCGGUGUUCUACCAGCGCCGCGGCGGUUCCCCUCUAUUGAUCGAAUUUGACCUGCGAAGUUUCCCCUAGCGUGUGCGGUACUGGUAGCCGGCAGUGGCUCUCGCGCUUACGUUCCUCGGUUAGUGCGGUAAAUAAUCGCGAUACUUCGGCAUGGCUACUGCGAUCUGCACGCGGUUCAGUGACGAGUAUGAGCUCCACGAGGAACUGGGCAAGGGUGCCUUUUCUGUGGUACGACGAUGCGUUCAAAGAAAUACAGGUCACGAGUUUGCGGCGAAAAUAAUAAACACGAAAAAGCUCACGCCCAGAGAUUUCCAAAAGCUUGAACGCGAGGCGCGGAUAUGCAGGAAAUUGCAGCACCCAAAUAUCGUGAGACUACAUGAGAGCAUACAAGAGGAGAAUAGUCAUUAUCUCGUCUUUGACUUAGUAACCGGCGGCGAACUGUUCGAAGAUAUCGUCGCGCGAGAAUUCUACAGCGAGGCGGACGCGUCGCACUGUAUUCAACAAAUUCUGGAAAGCGUAAACCACUGCCAUCACAAUGGAAUUGUGCACAGGGACCUGAAACCCGAAAAUUUACUCCUGGCAAGUAAGAUAAAGGGUGCGGCUGUGAAAUUAGCGGACUUCGGAUUGGCGAUCGAGGUGCAGGGCGAUGCUCAGGCAUGGUUCGGUUUUGCCGGGACGCCCGGUUAUCUCAGCCCGGAGGUCCUCAGAAAAGAACCAUACGGCAAGCCGGUCGACAUUUGGGCAUGCGGUGUCAUACUUUACAUCCUCCUGGUCGGUUAUCCGCCGUUCUGGGACGAGGAUCAGCACAAGCUGUACGCGCAGAUCAAGGCUGGAUCCUACGACUACCCGAGCCCAGAAUGGGACACCGUAACGCCGGAAGCGAAAAACCUAAUCAAUCAGAUGCUGACGGUGAAUCCGAGCAAAAGGAUCACCGCCAGCGACGCACUGAAACAUCCCUGGAUUUGCCAACGUGAACGCGUCGCGUCCGUCGUCCACAGGCAAGAGACUGUGGAUUGUUUGAAGAAAUUCAACGCAAGGCGCAAAUUAAAAGGCGCUAUUCUGACCACCAUACUGGCGACGAGGAACUUUUCCAGUAAGUAUGAUGCACAGGGUCGGAGCAUCAUCACGAAGAAGGGCGAUGGCUCUCAGGUGAAGGAAUCGACGGACAGCAGCACAACGAUCGAGGACGAUGACCCGAAAGAGGAUAAGAGGGGCGGCGUCGACCGGAGCUGCACGGUCAUUGCUAAAGAACCCGAAGCUGGCAGCGCAGGGAGCGGUAGCAGCAGUGGUAGCAGCAGCAACAGCCAGAACAGCCAGGCCGGCGCUUCGCCGUUAUCCCCGGCGACCGUCUACCUCGGUACCAACCAUACGCCCACGGCCCCGGCAUCGCGACGCUACGACUCAUCGAGUAACGAAGCAGUGGAAGUUCGACGGGUGGCCGGCACCACCGGAUACGUCCCGCUCGCUCAGACCGAAUCCCCGGACCACGAAGACGCACGCCGUCUGGAGAUCAUCAAGAUGACCGAGCAACUGAUCGAGAGCGUCAACACUGGUGAUUUCGAGGCGUACACGAAAAUCUGUGAUCCUCAUCUCACUGCGUUCGAGCCAGAGGCUCUAGGUAAUUUAGUCGAAGGAAUGGAUUUCCACAAAUUUUACUUUGAUAAUGCAGUCCUGGGGAAGAACUGCAAGGCCGUGAACACGACGAUUCUGAACCCGCACGUGCAUCUGUUAGGCGAGGACGCCGCGUGCAUCGCGUACGUCAGGCUCACGCAGUACAUGGACAAACAAGGGGUAGCACACACUCACCAGAGCGAGGAGAGCCGCGUGUGGCACAAGAAGGACAACAAAUGGCAAAACGUGCAUUUCCAUCGAAGCGCGGCCACGGGGUCGUCGCCGUACACAUUCAGUCACAAGUAAAUCGGCCGACUUAACCAGGAAUAAUAAAGAAAAAAGGGGUGGAUGUACGGGGAAUAAGGGGGUGCUUAAUGGAACAGAAGGAACCGAGACAAGGGGCCGACGUGGCGGUGGACGCUCGUCGCCUGGAAACGAAAGAGCCGUGCAAGGAUAUAACGAGACACAAACUACACCUAUGCACCCCUCGAUCGGAUAAAUAGAUAAAUACGCGCUUGUCUAUAUCUAUUUAUUUAUUUAUCGAUAUAAGAAAAAGAUUUACACGUAUAUAAAAUAUACUCGCGUACGUGCACGUCGCAUGUAGGUACGCGUGUUAGUCGCUCGAGAGGAAUCACGGUCGAACGAUUUUCCUCGACGAACUUUAAAAAAGAACACCCUCGUAUCGAGCAUGGGAACGGACUGAUACGAUGAGGAAAGGGAAAGAAGAAGAAGUAGAAGCGAGUCAGGGAAACGAGAAACGGAGGAGAGAAAAAGCGUAGAAAAAAAAACAGAAAAAAAAAAUUACACACGACAAAAUCAUUCUUACACCGUUCGUACAUCUUCUAUUAAUUAAUUAAUUGGUUAAUUAAUUAAUUAUUAAAUACGACUUUACAAGAGUAUAAAAUCGAUUAUAUAUAUAUAUAUAUACAUAUAUGAAUGAACAAGGUUAUCUAGGAAAGAUAUAUCAAUACGUUUUCUCGAGGGGGACGCGAUGGGAGGGAUUCGAUGGGGCGGAAGCAGCGAAGAGUCGCAUAAACACCUUUGCCAUCUUGUUAUAUAAUAUAUAUAUAUAUAUAAAUAAAUACAUAUAUGUUAUGUGUUAUAACACGUAAAUGGGCGCGCACGCGUGCGGACGCGCGGAGGAACAAGCCGAGUGUAUGCGCGUUUCGAGAGGAAUGAGACGCUUGUUGGCCGAUCGCCGUUUUCGGAAAAUCGGUCGGUGGACUCGAGAAAUUCUACCGAGGCAACUGUUUAUAUAUAUAUACAUUAUUUUUUUUCCCCUUCGUUCCAGAGACGACUUUGUUAACUUCUUUUUAAUUCUAUAAUGUGUUAUUUAUUUAUUGAAUAUUUAUUAGAACAUACCGGUACACGAUCGUUAUUAGAGUCUGGCAAAAGUUCACAAGAGCCUGCAGGAGUUCACAGCGCGGUACGUUGGACGUGUUGACUUCGUUUAAGGAGUUGGCAAUCCGAUUUAGAUUAAUUUCUUUUUUAAUAAAACCGUCUUUCUUUUAUUAUGCAUGGUUCAGUCUUUGUCCAGCCGAUCGGACACGCUCGAGGACGCGUGUCCACGUGCGCGCGGACGCGCGCGGUUCGCAACCUAUCGCGUAUGUAUAUUAAAUACGAAAUAUAUUAGCGGGACGAGUGAACGGAGAUAGCGGGGGGGGGCGGGGGAAGAAGCGAGAUGACGAAUAUUAUAGGGGAGAGAUAGAAAAAUGGGGAAACGAUUUAAUACAUUGGAGGUAACGUAUUAUAAAUAUAAAUAUAAACAUAAAAUUAAAACUUAAGGGAUAGUUAUUUCUACUACUCUAAUUCGUCGCUUCUACGUGUGAUUGUUGUAUAAAACAAAAAGAACAAAAAAUACGAUUAUUGAUUUAUUAUCAUUGUUAUUACAUGAUUAUCAUUACACGUUACGACUACUACUAUUACUAUAGUUAUUAUUAAUUAUUACCGAGCGAGGGUGUAAUUAGAGGAGGACCGCGAGGAAUGGUAACGGUUGUAGACGAAUGGGCAGAAGUGAAGAGAAAAAUCGGAAAAGAACUUGGAGGGUGAACGAACGAAGAGCGAAGAAGAUAGUUUGUACCUACCAUCUGAUUUUUUCCUACGAUAAAUAUGUAGUCGUUAGUCUGACACGUACUGAUGGACACGCGACCGAGGACCCGAAAGAAGUGGGAAGAGACGUAGCAACGGAUUGCACACGAUAACCUGAAGAAAAUUGAACGAAGAAAAAGAAGAAGAAGAAGAAGAUGAGAGAAAUAUGUAAAAGCGCGUAACGACCUUUAUUAUACGUAUUUAUUAAUGCGAGUUUGCGAAUCUUUAAAGUGAUCGGAGAGAAAAUACCGAAGGAGGGUGAGAUAGGUUCUCAGCACGGAGGGACGCGUCUCGUAUCGGAUUUUGCUGGAAGUCAUUGUCCUCGUUAAAAAGAAGAGAAGAAUAAUUGAGUACUCGGGCCGUGGUUUUCUCUAUAUCUCAUUAAUGUAAUUCUUACUCCUUUCUUCCAACAAGUUCAGUCAAGCAAAUUCCAAUUUAUCUUUAAUCGCCUGGCAACGAGAUCGACUCUCGCGUUAUGAGACAGAGAUUAGUCGUUCGACCAAUUUCAGUGUCAAUUACGAAUCGCUUGGACCACAGAAUGUCCGCUCGAGAGGAAAUGCCUGUCUCGAAGAAUCAGCUUGCAGCAAGAUCCGGUUCGUUCAAGUUGCUUUCAACGCGAGUGGACGUUGGGAGGUCUUAUGUCGUUACUGGAAUCGCACGAGGUCGUUCAAGUGACCGAAAUGAGAGAAGGUGGAGGAUGAUCAGGUAUUUUAGCUUUUAUUCUUCGACGUAUUCGAUCGUUUUCAAACAAAUUAGCUAGAGCGGAAAGGUUCGUUCGAUCGAUUCUGUAUUCUUUCAAUUUAACGUCCGUUCGGUCGUGCACGUGACACACGUAAUCGUAACGCGUUCAUCCGUUCAAAAUGCGAGCAGUUUUACUUCUCCGCUCUGUGUCCGUGAUCUUUGCUUCGUGGCUAGAGGCUCGUUUUCGUACGUGUGCACCUAAUCGUUGCACCGAUUCGGACGGAUUUCGCUCGUUCCCUUAUAGUUAGUUACAAUCACGGAGUUCAGGAAGGACCGAGGAACGGAUUCGCGUCCUGGAGAUCCUUGCCCUGCGCUUCGUUCGAGCUAGGAAGCGUCACGCGAUCGAAGAGCAUUGCCAAUGACUGAAUCCCGAGGAUACCUUCUCGGGUUCGGCCGCGGGUCGAGGCGUCGACUUCGUUGAUCGAACGUCAGCCGGUCGCACGAUUUUCCUAAAGAGAAAGAAUCGAUUGGGCAACGAAGCAGGGAAACAAACGGCGCGUGUCGUCGUCGCGCCGUUCAAACCGAAUUAACGAGUUCAAAUCAACAGCUUAGCGGUUAAUCGCCGUAGCGUUUAAUUAAACUAAGUCGUGUUUUAAGGAUGAAACCGAAAAUAGAUAAAAAAAAAAAAGAUUUGUCUUCUGCGUGUCGAGGCGCGCGCGCACUCACAUCGACCGAUCGUUACGUAUGCACGAUUUUAUUACAGCGAUUUUUCAGCGCCACCCUUUUAAAACCGACACACACGCGUAGACACACACGGUACACACGACUGAUCGUGAGUGCGAACUGAAACGAGAGCCGUAACCCGCGAUACGUGACGGAAAAAUAUAAAAAUAUAAAAAAAAAAAAGAAAUACGAAUCAAGUUCCUCCCAAGCGUUCUUCCGGAAUGCAUGGUUCCGCGUGAUCGAUCUAAAAUACGGUUCCGUGGUUCUCCUGGAAUUUUGAAAUCCGCGCGUCGAUGGUCAAAGAACGUGUUUCGAUGUUUGAAGUGUCUAUGCAGGCACUAGUGAUAACGUUAUCACGAGAAUGUUAUUCCUCUCGAUGAUAAGAAUUGUCUUCUUACGAUCUGCUAUAAUAAUAGGUUUGAGUCUCAAUCGUUGGUCCCGAGAAUUAAUUUCGAACGCCAGGAGGAGGCCACGGGAACCGGUUAAAAACAAAGGAUAGCUGAACUCGAACUCGCGAUUUUCGGUGUUGGCGAUUACUCCGAACUCUCCUUUCGUUUCUACGCUAACUUCGAGGGUCGAUACAUUUUUUAUCGUUCAACGACUUUCUGCGAUCCUAUUCCUACGUACGCAACAUAGAGUUAUCGAUUACAUUGUACUUUUUAGCGUGUGCGUCCGUCUAUUUGUGCAUGCGUGCGCGUGAACAGUAUAGAUAAAAUAGUCUAGACACAGCUCGGUUGAUUUAGCAAGACUCUCUUGGAUCGAUUGGAUCCGCGACACUGUCUAGAUUCAGCCACGAUUCAACGUGUACGUCGCCUCGGGAUAAUUAAAUGUUAAAAGAGAAACUCGUUCACCUAAUCUAUACCAGCGUCGAUAAAUUUACAUAUCUUCUUCGUUGCUAAGUCGAACACUCGUCGAACAUCUUUUAACCCUCCGCUUGUUUUAUCGAGCGUGCGCGUUGGACGGCUGAAUUUUUGAAACACCUUUCUCGAGCUUAACAAAGACUCCGGAAUGCAAACUGUGCGAUACUGUGAGAAACAAAAUAGGAAACACAACGUAGAGAACAAAGUUGAACGAGAUGACAAGAGUGGAUAUACACGUAGACACGUGGAUACGCGCCCGUUCGCGCAUAUGGGAGUUUAGAAAAAAAAAAAAAUAAAGAACGGAAGUACGAACGGAAACUCGAAGUGUCGCAGCAUUGAUCUCACGUUAGCGGACGCGCAUUGAAACGAAGGCAUCUGUAGAAACAAGAGUAUAAAUGGGGACUCUUUAGCGGACGUGCGAUCCAACUGUGUCUCGAACAAAAUCUUGAGCGUCGUCCCUUCCGAUUAAACGAGAAAAUGAUAAAAAAAAAAAGCAGAAAAAAAGAGAUGACGAGAAAGAAAUAACAGAUUAUGAUAUGUAAUAGAUUGUAAACGUUCACUACUAUUCUUAUUGAUAUUAUUGUCAUUAUUAUUACUGUCAUCAUUAUUAUAUUGUCAUUGUUAUUGUUACUAUGAUUACUACCGUCACGCGCAUUUUAGAGGAAUUAUUCACGUGCAAUUUGCGACGGCGAAUUCCGCGCGACAUUCGUGUUUUUGCUUCUUAAGCGUUGCGAUGUAAAGAAUAUAAAGAGAGUAUAUAAGGAGCGAGAAAUGGGGCGAAGGGGGGGGGGGAGAGAGUGGAUGGCGGUGGGUCGAGACGUGGAAAUUCGCGGACACCGGAUGGAAGACGUUGGGUACCCUGGCAAAUUUUCGCUAUUUUCUCUAAAUAAAAAGUAAACUUCUAAACGCGCGGAACACAGCGAGUUUCUCGCCGCGUACGAAACGGAUCUCGACUUCUCGGUUGAUCUCCGUUUUUCUCUUCGCUUAUAUUACGACACGUCUUGACAUCACUUAAUACUUUUUAUCGCGACGAAGAGUUUCACGAGGAAUGUAAGCGCAUCAAAUUUCGAUGAUCUUCAAGCUCUAGACUAUGUUUGAUUUAAAACUAAUUUGCAAUUUAAUCGAUAUGUACACUUAUCGUUAGCUUCCACUAGAUCGUUAACGCAGGAACGUUAUAUACAGUAGUAGUCUAAUUAUAUAGAGUAUGAUAAUCUAAUCUGUUAGUUUUACGCUCUAAUAACUUCGCGUAGCGUUCGAUAGCGAGGAUCGGUGAUCGGAACGAUGCAAAUGGAUCCGGCAACGCGGAUCGCAGUUUUCCACUUCCGAUUUCCACGAUCCAUCCGGUGUGUCGCGACCCGCGAGGUCAGAGCCGAUCCGGCGUUUCGACGAGCCGGAUGUGUGUGCGCGAGUUUAACUUCCGGCGAGUAAAUCUUCGCUUCGGUCUCGGGAGGAACGCCGGUCGGCGAUGGGUAAACACUACUGGGAUAAGAAGGGAGGAAAGUGGAAAAACGGAGCGAGAGUGUGUGAGAGCGAACGACAGAGCGAGUGUGAGAAUGAGAGAGAGAGAGAGAGAGAGAGAGCGGAGUGAUAGCGAAGAACAGAACGAACGAGAGAGAGAGAAAGGUGGAAAGUGUGUGGUUUAAAAAGAAAUCUCUUAUCGGUACAUUUAAUAUAACGCUAAUUCAUUAUUACAGACAUUAUUGGAUUUACGGUAAACGGAUAAGCGAUUGAUUACAAUUUUGUCCUAAUGUUCAGAGAAAUAAAACAAGGAAAUACA